AUCAUUUCUGCCUUCACUUUCUUCAACCCAGUAUCAGCUGUCUUCGCGUCAACUUGAGCUUCCAUCCAUAUCUCUUAUCACAUAUCUUCAAUCUCUGUAAAUUGUGUGUACAUUUUUUUGCCAUUGUUUCACCAUGAACUUUCUGGUUAAUGCUGCCUUUCAUGAUGGUAAUCCGGAACUCAUCAGACCUGAAACGGAAGAUGAUCGCCAUCGAUUCAAAGUGGAAGAGUUAAAACAACAUUUCAACCUGGACAUUGCCAACCGUGGUAACAUCUAUGACUCUAGAGAUAUCAAAUCACUGAGCAACAAUGAUUUAGGAUUAACCCUGUUUUUGGAGUCAAAUGAAUGGAAGGUUGAUUCGGCCAUGGAAUCGCUUAGACACCAUUGUAUAUGGAGGAAGGAGAAUGCGAUUCUUGAUUUAUCCUUCAAAGAUAUUCCAAGGGAAAUCCAUUCAACUGGACUUUUCAUGGCCAAAGGCUUAGACAAAUCAGGGCAUCCACUUUUUUUCAUCCAACUAUCCAUCAAUCCUGGACCCAAAGAGCUUCAUCCACUUAUAAUUAAACAAUUUCUCUGGCAAUGUGAAACUAUGCGUAAUUGUGUCCUUAAAUCAGGCAAACGGUUGGCUAUUAUAUUUGACUGUCGCAACGCUCAAGUUGAUAUUGGUUUACUCAAAGAGAUAUUGGAUAUCUAUACUCGAAAAUAUCCUCCAUCGGCUGAAUACAUUGCUUUCCUUGAUAUGUCUUUUGGCUUCAAGAUGAUCCUUCAAGUGAUCAAAUAUUUCUUUCCCAAAUACUUAUGGAAAAAGAUGAUUUUCAUUGAUCGCGACACUUUAUACUCAAUGGUUACUCCACAGAAUCGACCUGAAUAUUUGGAUGGUACAGCCACACAAUUAACUGAUGAACAGCUCAAUUCCUGCCCAACGUUGGACAAUUAUGUUAAAGCUAAUACUAUUGAUGAAAAGGUUUACGAAAAGAUGAGAAAUCAUUUGAGUAAAUACGUGUCCAUCUGUUGAUAUCUCACACCAAUUUCAUUUUAAUGGUCUUCUUUUAUUGUUGAUUUAUAUUGAUUAUUAAUCGAUUUGAAAGAUGUUAUAUUCAUGUUUUAUUUUUUUAACUGUCGUUAUAUUUUAUACAAAUAAUUAAAGAUUAAUUUAAAAGA